AUGGCUGCUUCAACGCCGAUGAGGCUUGUUCUGAGCCCUCGCGAGCAACAGUUGCUCACCACGUUUCUGCGCGACCACUUCUCGGAUAAGAUCCGCAAGCCUGACGAAUAUGACUCGCAGUCUGCGCAGCGAGACAACUUCAACCUGGCCUCGUUCCGAGCCGCGUCACGCGUCUAUGCAGCGACCUCCCUGUCGCUCAAACUCGUGGCCUCCACACUCAACGCUGUCUCGCUCCGCACUCAGCGCAAAUCUGGCCGACCGGUCCAGCUUAGGAAGCCAAUCGUAGCAUCGCCGUCACGAUUUGCUCUGUCACUCGCGAGUCUGCUGUUCUUCCACCGCACACUCUACCGUCUGUUCUCCAAGCUACGCCUUCAGCUCCUUCAUGAGAAAGUCCAGAACAUCCGGGAGCGCUGGCCAAAGCUCUACGCUAUCCUCACUUCGAAAUUGACGCCCGCCAUCGGCGCUAGUCUCUCUGGCCUCUCCUUCGGAAUCUGCCCAUCCGAUCAACCCCGCGUCACUAUCGCCAUCUACGUCGGCUGGCGCGCCCUCGAAGUGCUCUACGACGUCCUCUCGGCUCGUGGCCUGACCCGCAACAACCCCUUCGGCCACUGGGCCAUCUUCGCCCUCGCCCAAGGUCAACUCCUACAUGCCUUCGUCUUCGACCGCGACUGCUUCCCAGAAGCCUACUCCAACCUGAUCCUCGCCAACACGCCCGAAUACGUCCAACGACGCCCCACCAACCUCUCACCCAAAGUCGCCUGGCCCACCACAAACCAAAUCGUCGACUCCAUCGCCGAAAUGGCCCGCCUGAACUGGCCGCCCUUUAUCUCCCCCAUCCUUCGACCCAACGCAAAGUCCCCCUCGUCGACCCUUCCACCAAGCAUCAACCCGAUCAUCAACCCAAUCACAUCCCGCGCCCAUCCUUCUCUCACCAACCUCUCCUGCGCCCUCAUCCACCCGUCCCAAACAUCCUGCUUCAUCGCCUACCUCCGCCAGACGCUCCUGUCGUUCCCCUCCCUCCUCCGCUUCUUCACCAUCUACUACGGCGCCCUCAGCGUCGUCAUGAGCCCUCAGAAGUUCCUCCCGGCGCAGAACAACCUCCUACCGCAGCUGAACAAACUCAGCCAGCAGAUCUUCCGCACCACGACGGCCCUCACAGGUGCGAUCGGGGUCAGUUGGGCGAGUAUCUGCCUCUUCCAGCAGAUUUUCCCGAGGAAAUUCCUGCCGCAGUUCCGGUUCGUGUUGGGUGGUUUCCUUGGCGGGCUGUUUCAGAUUGUGGAGGGGAACAGUAGUGCGGGAUAUGCGAAUAGUAUGUAUGCGGCGCGGACGAGUGUGGAUAGUUUGUGGAAGGUUGGGGUGAAGAGAGGGUGGUGGAGGGGGGUCAAGGGUGGGGAUGUGUAUGUGUUGGUGGCGGCGAUGGCGGUGUUGAAUGUUUGUUGGGAUGUUGGUGGGGAGAGGUUGAGGAGGGAGCAGAGGAUGUUGCGGGUGCUGAAAGUGUUGAGGGGUGAGGUUGAGUUGGGGUUGGGGGAGAAGAAGGUCAAGAAAGAGAGCGUGCCUGGCGAGAGUGAAGCUGUGGUCGGCAUGGAAAAGCAGGAUUGA